CCUCUUCCCCGUCCACGCCUACCCAUGUGACCAAGCAGCACACGUUUCCGCUCGAGUCCUACAAGCAGGAGCCGGAGCGCCUGGAGAACCGCAUCUAUGCAUCCUCGCCGCCAGACACCGGCCAGCGCUUCUGCCCGGCCUCCCAGAGCCCAGCCAAGCCACCACUGGCCUCCCCAACGCACCAGGCCACACCCAGAACUCAGAAGACUCAGAAGGUGGCGUUUACAUGCGAUUCAUGAGGUCCCACAAGUGCUAUGACAUCGUUCCAACUAGUUCCAAGCUUGUUGUCUUUGAUACUACAUUACAAGUGAAAAAAGCCUUUUUUGCGUUGGUAGCCAACGGUGUCCGAGCAGCACCUCUCUGGGAGAGUAAAAAGCAGAGUUUUGUAGGGAUGCUAACAAUCACCGAUUUCAUAAAUAUACUGCAUAGAUACUAUAAAUCACCCAUGGUACAGAUUUAUGAAUUAGAGGAACAUAAGAUUGAAACGUGGAGGGAACUUUAUUUGCAAGAAACAUUUAAGCCUUUAGUGAAUAUCUCUCCAGAUGCAAGCCUCUUCGAUGCUGUAUACUCGUUGAUCAAAAACAAAAUCCACAGAUUGCCAGUCAUUGACCCUAUCAGUGGGAAUGCACUUUAUAUCCUUACCCACAAAAGAAUCCUCAAGUUCCUGCAGCUUUUUAUGUCCGACAUGCCAAAGCCCGCCUUCAUGAAGCAGAACCUGCAGGAGCUGGGGAUAGGAACCUACCGCAACAUUGCCUUCAUCCACCCGGACACGCCCAUCAUCAAAGCCCUGAACAUAUUUGUGGAGAGACGGAUAUCGGCGCUGCCCGUAGUGGACGAGUCAGGAAAAGUUGUAGAUAUUUAUUCCAAAUUUGAUGUAAUUAAUCUUGCUGCUGAGAAGACCUACAAUAACCUGGACAUCACGGUGACACAGGCUCUGCAGCACCGGUCGCAGUACUUCGAGGGCGUGGUGAAGUGCAGCAAGCUGGAGACCCUGGAGACCAUCGUAGACAGGAUAGUGAGAGCCGAGGUCCAUCGGCUGGUGGUGGUAAACGAGGCCGACAGUAUCGUGGGCAUCAUUUCUCUGUCCGACAUCCUGCAAGCCCUGAUCCUCACGCCAGCAGGUGCCACACCGAAGGAGCCCGAAGCAGAAUGACCACCGCUGAGUGCAGCCGCCCUCGCAGAGCGUUUUGCCUCACGAACGCUGGCUGUGACAGAGGAGAGGAAAAUGGCUAAGAAUGUAUUCCAGGGUUUAGCAAUGGGUAUUUUUUUUCCAGUGAUGUAAGCAUUAAAAAAAAAAAAAAAUUUUUUUUUCUGUGCUCGAAGAUGCAGGCUUGCAUUGAGAAACUUUUCAGACCUCCGUCUGAAGGAUCCAAAUGCUGUACGUCAUAAAGUGCACCGUGUCCUGAAAUCCUUAUCUUUCAUUUCAAAGAAUGCACUGGGUUGGGGCAGGUGUGCGACAUAAGGUGCGUGCAGGACACCCGCAGACCCAGUGCCUUAUGUCGGGACCCAGCAACAUGUGUCCCCCGCAGCCGCUGGCCACGCACAGGAGCGAGGGACGCCGCCGCCGCCGCCACGCUCGCUCGAGGUGGGAGCCUUUGACCGGUCACCAAACCCAGCGUUUGCAUCAGACCUGCGAAAGUCGCAAGCUGAGUAUAAAUAAUUACUUUACAACUUCAGUGACACUUUUUUUCCGUUUGAAGUGUUUUAUUCUGAGCUACCACGUGAAUGAGGCUGCUUGAAAACAGCUCUAUUUAUUUUUAUUUCCAUGCCGUUUUUUUGGGUUUUUUUUUUUUUUUACGUACCUUUUGAUGGGAAAACUUCACUGCAUCCAUUAAUAAACUCUUGGUUGCUAUUUGAAAAUGGCCAUUUUCUCAUAAUUUAAGGACAUGGCAGGAGAUGGCUUCUAAAAUAGUGGCCACGGGGUCCUUAGAAGCAAGUGAAAGGGGAACCAAGUGCCAGAUAUGUUGGGGGGUUUUGUUUUGUUGUUUUGGCAAAAUCAUGCGGGCUGUACUCUACCACUGAAGAGACUGUACAUUCUGCUGUGCAUCCGGCAUUGUCACGCAGUCAAGCAGACCAGGGUCUCCUCACUGUGAGUGCUUGGAAGACGCUGACACUGUAUAAAU